AUGGAAGAUGCAGCGGUGGUAGGCGAUGCAGACGUUAUUGGACAGCAAUUGAAUGCGGUGGAUGCAGAUCGCGGAGAAUCGAUCGAAGUUGUUGGAGGAGGGUUAAUUGAUGCUGGCAGUGUGAAGGUCGUCACCGAGGCUGGCACACCUGGUGGGGAAACUAAUAUUGUCGAUAAGAAGGACGCAGAAGGUAAAGGAGAUGGUGCUAUGGCUGAUGUGGAUGAGGUGAAGGUUGAUGUGGAAGCUGGAAUUCGGCAUGCAGACGCUGUUGUAGCUGAUGUAAAGCUGGUGGAUAAUAUUGUCGUUACGGAUGUUGGCAUGGAGAUGAGCAGUCCUGGAGACGAAGAUGUGAAGGUCGGUGAAGAAGAGAUGGCGGCAAGUAAGAAGAGGGGAAGGCCUCAGAAAUCAAUAGAUAAAGGAGAUGCUAUUAGUCCGGUGGUUGAUCUCAAUGUUAGUGCAGUGACAGGAAGCUGUGGGGAUCAAGAUGUGCCACUCAGUGACCAGAAAUCCAAGGCAAGGAGAAAGAGAGGAAGGCCUCGGCCUUCCAUUGUCGAACUUAUUGAACAUGCUGGUUGCCUCUUUCCCUUCCAAGACGAGAAGAAGGCUGCGUUUGCCGGUUCUGAUUUGGUGUGGGGUAAAGUGAGGAGCCAUCCUUGGUGUCCUGGUCAGAUUUUUUAUCCUUGUGAUGCAUCCAAAAUGGCGUCGAACAUUCAGAAGAAAGAUCAUCAUCUGGUUGCAUUUUUUGGAGACAAGACAUUUGCUUGGUGUGAUGAGUCACGAUUGAAGCAUUUUGGGACAUACUUUUCACAAAUGGAGAAUCAGAGCAGUUCGAAUGCAUUUGUAACUGCUGUGAGUGCUGCACUUCAAGAGGUAUCAAGGCGUGUCGAGAUGGGAAUGACAUGCCAUUGUUUUAUGGAUGAAAUUUAUGCUAGCCUCGAGGAUCAAAAGAUUGAGAAUGCUGGGAUUCAGGAAGGAACAUGUGGCUCCACUGUUGACAGGUGUUGUAUUGCAACCUCUUUUGAGCCUCUUAGACUUGUUGACUAUAUCCAAACAUUAGCACAGUUCCCACAUGGUGGGGUUGAUAAAUUGGAGUUUGUGGUAGUCAAGUCUCAGUUGAAGGCCUUUUAUCACUCAAUGGGAUAUGCUGAGCUUCCUGUAUUUGUUCUUGUUGAAGAACUGGAGAACGAUAUCGAGGGCUCACCAUCCAUGGAAAGGAUAUCUGGUGAAGACAUCGGUGAUCCCUCAACUCCAACUUCUUCAGAUGCUGUUUCGGGCAAAAGAAAAUCAAGAGUUAGAGGAAGUUCACAUGGAAAGGAGAAACACAUCUUUGAGCAUGGUAGGAAAAAGAAAAGCUUAUCUGAGCUCCUGGAAAAGAACAAUGAUCAUCAUGAUGUGGAUAAGAACACUAGAUAUGAAGGAAAUGCUUCUUCACACAAAAAUGAUAAGGGUGCCAAUUUUGAUCCCGCUGAUUCAGGGAAGGGCAAGAAGAAAAAGCUUGACUCUUUAGUGGAUCUGGGAACCAAGUCACAGACUUCCAGACAUGGAAAACAGUUGAAGGUUGGAGAAUGCAUGCAUCAAGUGGCAGGACAGAUGACAGGGUCACCCCCCAUGCUUAAGUCUAAUGGUAAUGCAUUAACAAAAAGCUCAACUAAAGCAAGUGGUAGAAAAGAUGAUUUUGGUGAUGCUUCUAAACAAAAAAAGACUCGAAGAGGAAUCAAAAGUGUCCCAAGGGACUAUUCCUCUUCAGGCGAGAUGCUUGCCGAGCUCUCUGUAGCCGCAUGCGAUCCGACUGAGGAGUACAAUUCUCUACCUGUAAUGUUCAGUUUCUUCACUGAGUUUAGAAGCCGAGUCUUUUGUAGUUCAG